UUGUUGAAGGACAAUUGGAAAUUUUAAUCACCAUUGUUGUAAAGACUUGAUUUGACUAUCUCAAUAAGGAGUCCUUAAACAUUUCUCAGCAAAAUAAUUUAUGUGUAAUUUUGAUCCAUUUUUUGUGUGCCUGAUAUUUUCUAAGAAUUGAAUUGAAUUAGUGUCUUUGAGAUCUUAUAAUGAUUAACAAUUUUCUUCGCCUUUUACCUUUAAGAUGUUUAAUAAUUAAAACUUGCAUCAAUUUUGACAGGUUGCUAUAAACUCUAACCCACAUUUUCCAAUUUUGUUUGUUAGUCGAGUGAGUUAAAUGAUGGGAAAUAAUUAUAGAAAUAAAAUAUGAAACUAGCUUUUUUGUAACCCAUCAGAGUAAACAAAAUUAAUCUUUCUCAAUGAACAUAAAAAAAAAAUUAAAAUGAAUUUAUCUGCUGCUUGUCAAGUAGGCUGCAGAAGUACUUUCUUCAAUGGCCACUGGAAUUUUGGUGGCGCUCGCAAUGGCGGCUAAUGCGCUGGCCAAGUUGCCCCACCCCAAAAAUGGGGGAUUCUUGGCGAAGUUGGCCAUAACAAAAAGAAAGUGUCUGGCUGUUGCGAGAUUACGAAUACGACCAGGGGGAGAAGGGAAGGGAGGAAGGGACGUCUGAAUUCUGAAUCUACCGAUUGGAAUAAGAAAACGACUUUUCACUUUUUCAGCAAGGAAAUUCGACUUGGAAUUCGAGUUGUUAAGGCUUAAAGCGAAUAAUUAAAUUCCCCUGCUUAAAUGCAGGGCUUCUCCAACCAAGCUCCUCCAUUUCCUCAGCUCCAACAAGAUAAACAAGAGGCUGCUCCUUAAAGCCACUAAAGUUAAAGCUAUAGUGUACUUGAAGCUCCUUGGCUGCUUUGCCAUUGACGCGGUUGGCGCCAACUGGUGGUUGAUAUAGCGUACUCUAGGUCUAGAAACCAAACCAAAGAAUGGAACCUUCAAGAAAGCAGAAUAAGAUUAGCGAGCUAUUCACGGAGGGCUUCGCUGGCCUAGGAAAGGUGAACAACAGCUCAGAAGCAACGAACAGCGCUUCUGUCCAAGGCCAAGUGAGACAGUUAAUCAGGGCUUUGGAAGACUGCACCCGUCUUGUGUCAAACGUUGAUAUGUUCAGUACAAACGAAUGCCUUGAAGAAGUGUCCAGUCAUAAUCUUCGUUACCUGCUUCUACCUGCUCUGCUUGGGAAACUCACAUUGAAGUUGUCGACUGACAUCAGUGGUCGUUGUGAAGUGGUCAAGCUGGCAGAUGCCUAUUUCAAGGACUUCUUACGCAGAUGUCGUGACUACGGUGCCAUUGAGCAUGAAGCCGUUAUGCCAUACCUUGAGGAAAAUGAGGAGGGUGUCGAGACUAAUGAAAAUGUGCCACUUAUUUCAAGGGACAGAAAUGCUGACCUGGUCACUAUGGUUCAUAAGAGGAGCAACAAGAUCAAGCAGUUUCAGGAAGAAAAGGAGAGAGAGCAACGGUUGAAGGAACUCCAGGCAAUAGCCAAUGGUGAAUUUGCUGACGAUGAACUUAUACGAGAGUACCACAUGACCUUGCUUAAAAGCUACAUUGCCCAGUCAUUGGAAGAAAUUAGCUCCUUGCAGCAGGAGAAAAAUAUUCUGCAGCAUAUGGAACAACUGAAUAAAGAGUCUGCAGAAUAUGACAGUGAGAUUUUAGAAGCUCAAAGACCGCCAAGCCGUCGCCCUCCACCCUCUAAGAAAGGACUAAUGCCAGUAAUCAUCACUAAAGAUCAGGCUAUGAAACAGGUUUUUGGUGCUGGAUACCCCAGUUUGCCAGUAAUGACUGUUGACGAGUUUUAUGAACAACGAGUACAACAGGGAAUUUUUCCUGUGGGUCAAGCUAGUGGAUGCGGUUUAGGACCCUGCUCGCACAGUCAUGAACACGGACAAGCUGCUGGAGUUGAUAUUGAUCCCGAAAUUGUCAAAGAGUACCAUGAUGAAAGAGAUGACCCAGCUACUCUUGCACGGAAUAGAGCUAUGGAUGAUUACAAAGAUGAUCACCGCAGGGGUGAAGGAAAUACAUACAAUAGGAGCUGAACAUCAUUAUGCUUUAUUAACUAUGAUUCAAGUGAAGAUCUCGCGUUCCUGUGAUGGCACACUACGAUCCAUUGAGCAUUUGGGUUCUCCCUGUAGACGCACAACAUCUUCGCUGAUUGCGGAAUUUGUCUUUGGCCUGUUAAAUAAACCUUACUUAAUAUCCCUUAAAACAACAAUAAAUUAGAAACUCGAAA